AUGGGGAAUUUGUUUAGUACUGACAUUUCCUGUAAAAAUGAAGCUGGUGAGCCUGUUGAUUGGUUCAUCAUCUACAAGUUGCCCAGGUAUAAGAUUGGCGAGGUCGGCAGUGGUGUAGACUACAUGUACCUGGACUCCUCAGUAGAGAGCUGGCAGAUGAGUAAAUUCACAGUUAACACCAGUCAAGGAGCCAUAGGGAAAACACUGAACCAGAUUUACAUAGGAAAGGCCUACAAGUCUAACAGCUCAGUCUACGCAUUCUACAAUGAUGCACCGCCAAUCCUGGAGUACAUCAAAGGCUAUGGACACACUAAAGGGUUACUGCACUUUGACCACUCUCAAGGUUUCUGGCUAUCGCACAGCAUCCCCCAUUUCCCCUCCUUCCCUGAGAAAGGCUACCGUUACCCCUCCUCUGGCAAAGUCAAUGGCCAGACUGCUCUGUGUGUGACGUACCAGUAUGCCCAGUUCCUCCGUAUAGUGGAGCAGAUGGUGUACCUUUUCCCGCGUUUUUAUAACUGCUCAGUGCCCGGUGGAUUUUUGGCCGACCUGCCACAGUUGGCUCAAUUAUGUGAGGGCUCCAAACCUCCGCUGGCCUCAGAUAAGAGAGUGGAGCAGCUCUUCUCCAUCCAGGGGGAGAAGUUUGCCAGUUUUGUCAAAUCUGAACGUUUUGUGGAUGAUAUCUACACAGGCUGGGUGGCCCAGGCCCUGGAUGUCGACCUGCUGGUUGAAAGCUGGCAGAGAGAAGGCCACGAGCUGCCGUCCAACUGCUCCUUGCCCAAACACGCCAUGAACAUCAAGAGGAUUCGGCUUCCUGGAUCAAUCCUGUUCCAGUCUCACUACGACCACUCAAAGUGGUGUGUGUCGCGGGCUUAUGAGGACCAGGUGACCUGCUUGGGGGACCUGAAUAGGGAGAGGGCCCAAAUGUGGCGUGGUGGGGGGCUGGUCUGCUCUUUCAACCCUUUGAUUUACAAGGCCUUCAGACAGGUGGUGGACUGGUAUAUUGGUUGGGCCAGGGAGUCAUUAGCCAUGUCUCUGUUCAAGGAUUCAAGGUUGAAAGCUUUGGGAAAAAAGUAUAUUUUAUACAAGCUGCCCCAAGUGAAUGAUGAUGGUUUGUCGUAUGCAUACAUGGAUGACAACACCAACGGAUGGCAAAUCAGCAUAGAGACAAUCAACAGUACAUCUGGCACCCUAGCGAACACCCUGAAACCUCUUCUUGAUUUCUAUGACAGAAAGACAGAAGGCUUUGGAUACAUGCUCUAUAAUGAUCAACCUCCAAAUUCUAAGUCUGUCUCUGCAUCAUUUGGCCACAGCAAAGGGGUUGUGAUGUUGGACAGAGAAACUGGAGUUUGGCUCUCACACAGUACACCUAAGUUCCCAACAUAUCGCAGAAAAGACUUUUGGCCAAGCAGCGGAAACGUCAACGCUCAAACAUUCAUCUGUGUGACUUACCCCUAUGAUGAAUUUAAAAAGAUAGGAUUGCAGCUCAUGUACAUACACGCUUAUUCAUAUGACUCUGACAUACCGACAACAUUUCACAAUGACCUGCGAUGUGUUGCUCAGAGAAGCUGCUACCCAAGGAAUGAGCCCUGGUAUAGUGUCACGACACUGACUUCAAUGAGAAGACGUAGAUUCUCUAGCUUUGCAAAAUACACACGUUUUAGGGAUGACCUUUACUCUGGCCUUAUUGUUAACUACUUGGAGCAGAAUCUGUAUGUUAAGAGUUGGGGAAAGUUGCGUCGCCCACUGCCUUCUAACUGCAAUAUCCCUCAUCAUGUGUACAAUGUGAAUGAAGUGAAGAUCCUCAGGGGGGAGCCCUUCAGAGAUACUGUGGAUCAAUCCAAGUGGUGUGUGACCUCUGGUGGUGACUGGGCCUGCAUCGCUGAUAUGAACAGAGAGGAGAGUCAGAUGGACAGAGGUGGAGGUGCAAUAUGUACUAAUGAUACUGCAGUUGGGAAGGCCUUCUCUACGAUGAUCGCAACAUUUAGACCAUGUAAACGUGAACGUCCAUAUGCUCUACAUAGAGAGCUUUAAAGGCACAAACCUCAAUUGGAAUAUAACCAAAAGUUAAGCUACCAAAUCCAGACUUUGGUCACGUGUUUUCUAAUUUCUGUGUGAUGUAUUUUUUCUUUAUGUAUGAUUUGUGUUUUCUUGUUUUCAA